UUAGCCGAUAAGAUCAAACAACGCAAAGAAGGAGUGGUAACUUCGGAAUCUGACGCUGCUCAGUCCCCUUCGGUUCGCAGCGCCACCAUACGCGAUCGUUUAUUAUUGCAAGAACUCCAGGAAUUGAGAAAUAAUCUGUCUCCACAGUGCACGAUUCGACAUCCGGACCCAAAUAAGCUUCAUGAAUUCAUAUUGACAAUUAAGCCAAGAGAAGGCACUUGGACAGGCGGCACAUUUCAUUUCAAUAUUAUCGUCCCUGAGGGGUAUAACCAUACGCCCCCAUUAGCACAUUGUAACACCCGAAUCUGGCAUCCGAAUAUUGAUGAGGAAGGCCGCGUUUGUCUCAGUCUUCUGCGUCAGAGCUCCUUAGACUCCACCGGUUGGGCACCGACCCGUCGACUGUUGGACGUAGUUUGGGGAAUCGAGUCACUGUUCACGGACUUAUGUGAUUUCAAUGAUGCACUCAACACUGCUGCGGCGGAGCAGUAUCAGCGUAAUUCCAGUGAAUUUUUCCGGACCGCUCGGUACUUUGUUCAAGAACCAAUGCUGCGUUUCAACCGCCUCGUGAACCAGCCUGUCAUUAAACGUUUGACCCAAACUGUUGGGAGUGACAAUAUCGGCAACCAAACACCUCCGUCGACGACUUCGAAUCCAAGUUGGCGUAUUACUGUAUUUUCAACUUACUUUCAUACAUUUAUAGGUGUACCAAACAAGCCUACGCAACCAAGCUCCACGGCAACAAUGCACAAACUACCCGUCUAUCAGGUCCCGGAGUACUUUGCCCACACAACUUACUGUUUUUACGAUUCAAAUGUGUCAAUGACACUCGAUUUGCUGGAACUACGGCUGUCGAAGUUGGAAGAUGUGAUUGUUGGACGAGAUAGUAAAUUCAUCAGUGCACCAGAGACUAAAAAAUCUAUCUUUGACAACAUGGUUGCGGCGCAUGCUGCUGUAGCUGCAGCCGAAAGGCGUCCAAUGAUAUCAAAAAUGUUUUCUCGGUUGACAGAACUUCAAAAGUACGCGGACCCACAUUUUGUCGAUGAUGACUCAAUGUCUACCAAAGCUAAGGUUGAAAUUAUUCUCCUUGAAAAAGAAAAGCUAGAAAAUAUGGCUGUUGCCUUGGAAAAAAUUCGACAACUUUCCAACGUUCUAAAUCAUCCUUCUUUUAGAGACUUGGCCAGUCUCAGAAGGAAACUCAAUGAGUUGAACCUCACCUACGUUAAUCAAAAGCAACGGUCCGAGCAGCUCAUAACGGCCUCACAAACGCUCUUGGCCAACUACUAUGAUCUGAUACUGGCUACCUCCAAACUGUUAAUCCAGUGGAAUCAAAAGGUCGUUUCAACCGCUGACGAGUGAUCUCUCUUUCUAACUUGCAAUAUCCCUAUUAUUUUCUGAAGUCAUCUGGAAUCUCUGUUCGGGACUAUGUUGGUGUUUUCGUCUUUCUUAAUGUUUGUUUGGAACUCUAAAUAUAACUUUUUGAGGAAUGGUCC